AUGCCCAUUCUAAACACUUUACUCGCUGCAACCAACUUCCGCAACCCUUUCCUUCGCACCCUUGUUCCCAGUAUUGGUCUGGCAUAUGGACUACAAGCAGCAGUCGCAAUCCCAUCAAUCAUUCUCCAGUCCGAGCGCUUCUAUGAUCUUUCCGGCUCCCUGACAUACCUUUCAUGCACGGCCCUAAGCUUGUACCUUCCAGCCUUGCGGGCCCGAUCUGCUGCUGCACUUGCUGGCAAGGCAGCCCCAGCGUGGCCUAGUCUGGCAGACGCUCUACGCGGCACUGGAGGCCCACAUGGAUUCAAUUGGAGACAGGUCGUGCUCAGCGCUGCGGUCAGUGUAUGGGCUUCCAGACUUGGUUCGUACCUCUUCCAGCGCAUCUUGCAAGAUGGAGAGGAUUCUCGCUUCAAGAACAUCCGGAACUCACCACCAAAGUUUGCGGUUGCCUUUCUCGCCCAGGCCACAUGGGUCUCACUAUGUCUAUUGCCUGUAAUGGCCAUCAAUUCCCUGCCUGCUGGGACCUUCGCUUCACUCGGUGGUGCCGUGGCUGUCACUGACGUUAUUGGAAUUCUGCUCUAUAUCGGAGGCUUGUCCUUUGAAGUGACUGCUGAUCGCCAAAAGAGCACCUGGGUCGAGGAGAAGAAGGCGAAGAAGCACGACGAGGACUUCCUAACCCGUGGUCUUUGGAGCAAGAGUCGUCAUCCAAACUAUUUCGGGGAGAGCACUCUCUGGACUGGCAUCGCCACUCUAUCGGCCGGAGUUUUGUCUUCGAAUGCUGGUAUUGCUGGAAUGGCGUUGGCUGGUGGACUCACCGGUAAGAUCAUCGCGCUACUCAGUGCGGGCGUCAGCCCAGCAUUUGUAACUUUCCUACUCCUCAAGGUCUCUGGUGUGCCUCUGAGUGAGAGCAAGUACGACAAGAGGUACGGCGACCGAGCCGACUACAAGAAGUGGAAGGAGACAACGCCCAAGUUCAUCCCCAAGAUCUUCGGCUAA